UGGAUUCAGCAAGUGACCCUGAGUUGGCUCGUCUACGACUUGACCUCCUCCGGUGCCAUGUUGGGCACGCUGAACCUGGUACGGUCGAUUGCUACGGUGGGGCUAGCGCCCAUUGCCGGUGUCGCCAUUGACCGUUUUUCGCGGCGGGGGCUGCUCUAUGCCACGAGUCUCUGGCUCUGUGCGAUCAGCUUUGGAUUUGGCAUUGUGCUGCUGGGCAACCCACGCGUCGUCUGGCCACUCUUCCUCUUUAGCUUUCUUGGCGGUAUUGGACAAGCCGUGAGCAUGCCGCUGCGUCAGACCGUCGUCUUUUCGGUGGUGCCGCGCCCCUUGGCUCCCAGCGCGGUGGCCCUUGUACAGACGGGAUGGGCUGUCAUGCGCUCGCUGGGUCCAGCCAUUGGCGGCUUUCUGAUCCUCUGGUUUGGCCCAGCGGGGAACUUCUUUGUGCAGGCGGUGGCCUACGCACUCGUCGCCGUCACCGUCUUCAAGCUCACGUUGCCCUAUGAAAACAUGGACACGGGCAAAGCAGACCCUGGGAAGGCACAGGCACGCGGUUCCUUCCGCGAGGGCUGGAACUACAUUGUCAAGGAGCCGACGACUCGCGCCUUUAUCUUGAUGAGUUGGGUAUUGCCCCUCUUCAUCAUCCCCAAUUUUAGCGCGCUGCCGCCGAUCUAUGCCAAGGAUGUCUUUGCGGGCGGGCCAGAUACACUGGGGAUCCUGCUCUCUGCAGUGGGCGUGGGUGGCAUUGUGGGUGGCUUUGUGACCGCCUCACUGGGCAAACAGGAGCGACGCGGUCUGUUACAAUUGGCGUCGCUGCUGCUACUCGGCUUCUCGCUGGUUGGCGUCGCUGUGAGUCCAGGAUUGUGGGGGGCGGUCAUCUGUAUGGGAUUGGCCGGUUUCUUCGAGAUGAUCUUCCUGACGAUCAAUAUGACCUUGCUUCAACUCUCGAUUCCCGAUGAGGUGCGGGGGCGGGUGACCGGGAUUGUCAGCCUGCGUUCCGGGUUAAUGCCUGUGGGCGCGUUUAUUGCCGGUGUGGGCGCGGAUUUUGUCGGGCCGCGUACCAUGGGUGUUGUGCUGGGUGGGAUUACGGGGCUGAUUGCGAUUGCGGUCUACUUUGGCUCGCCGAUCAUCCGGGAGUAUCGGUUGAGUCAGGCGAUGGAUGAAACAACAGCCAGGGAUUAG